AUGUCUGAUAACGAAAAUGAUGUUCCACCAUUGGAAGACAUUCCAAAAACUGUCACAGAAGUCAAACCAAAGCCAAUACCAGUUGUAAAAUAUGUGGAAACACCAAUGAAAGAAACUCCAGUGAUUGAUAAAAGUUUUGCGGGGAUGAAAAAAGGAUUCUUGAAUAGUAAACCAACGUCCCAAACGAAAUCGAACGAGUUAGUUGAAAUAUCUCGUAAACAGCCAGACCAAACGAAAGAUUUUCGGGUGUUCGACGAAGUCCAACAAGCAAUUAAAGAUGAACAACAAUCUAAAAACAGUUGGUUGACAAAGGAUCUUUUAAAACAGAUCGAAGAUGACGAAUCGUUAGCACGAUAUUUCUCUAAUCCAUAUUUUAUGGAAGCUAUUACACUAUUUCAACACAAACCUCAAGAAGCGUUAGCAAAAUACGGACACAACGCUGAAGUAAUGCGAUUCUUUGAUCGAAUGGCAAAAAUACUUGGAAAUCAUUUUACCUCAAUAGCCACUGACGAAGAAAAAAAGAAAAAGUCGAAUGUUGAUCCUGAAGUCAAUCAACUUCUACAAGAUGAACAAGUUCGACAACUCCUACUCGAUCCAGACGUCAUCAAACUAAUGAAAUCACUACGUGAAGAGCCCGAGAAAGCACAAUGGUUAAUGCGUACAGCAGAUGCAUCAAUGCGUGCAAAAAUUCAACAACUCGUUCAAUUCGGCUUACUCAGUAUUGCCUAA